UUAAGUGAACCUAAACCCGAUUCAACAAAUCCGCAUACGCUGCCUCAAGAGGCCAAGACUACGUCGGGUAAACACGGCAGCGUAAUGCUCCGGCAUCGUUGAAAAUGUGGCGGAAUAACCGAUUAAUCGGCAACUACACGAAAACCGCCACUGCCAUCAUGCUCUUCAUUCCAUCAUUCUCUUCUUCUCAGACCCUAACUCUCAGAUCACUGCGAACCCUCAUCGCACUCGCCUCAAACCCUAUUACUCUCCUCACACCGCCGCAGUUACCACAUCAGCCCUUAGGGGUUCAGCCGCCGCGCUCUUCGCUAACCCUAAGUCUAUGCCGAUUCUCACAUUCUUCUACAUCUUCUCCGAUUCCAACGACUGCUCGUGAUUUGUUUGGCUCUAGUUCGAACUAUAUAGGGGCUAAAUGUAUUUCUUCUUUUUCGUCUUCGGCUUCCUCCUCCUCCUCCUCCCCGUCGUUUUCGGUCGCUGAUACGCUGGAGUGGGAUGAACCUGCUGUGUGCGCAGAGGUUGAGGAUUCCGGCGAUGAUUUUGUGACUGACGAGGACGUUAAGCCGCCCAUUUCUGUAAGGGCUUAUUUCUUCUCUACCAGUGUGGAUUUGAGAAGUCUGGUGGAACAGAACAGACCCAAUUUUAUCCAGCCUACAUCACGCAUGACUAAUUACAUUGUAUUGAGGUUUGGCAGCAACAAGCCUGAGCAUAUUGGUUUGGGUUCGAGUUUAAGUGGGAGUGAAAGCAGCUACAUGGUAGUUUUUCAGUAUGGCUCCAUUGUCUUAUUCAAUGUCCGUGAUCAUGAAGUUGAUGAGUAUCUGAAUAUUGUAAAAAGUCAUGCUUCAGGAUUGCUCCAAGAGAUUAGAAAAGAUGAGUAUGAGGUGAAAGAGAAACCAAGUUUGGACACAUGGAUGCAAGGUGGGUUGGAUUAUAUAAUGCUGCAGUAUUUGAACAUUGAUGGGAUUCGUACAAUUGGCAGUGUUUUAGGUCAAAGUAUAGCUCUCGAUUACUAUGUUCGCCAGGUUGAUGGGAUGGUUGCAGAAUUCACUGAUAUAAACCGUGGCAUGGAAAAAACUGGAACUUUCACCAUGAAAAGGAAAAAGCUUUUUCAGUUGGUGGGGAAGGCAAAUUCAAAUCUUGCUGAUGUCAUACUUAAGCUCGGACUUUUUGAGAGAUCUGAUAUUGCAUGGAAGGAUGCGAAAUAUGCACAGAUAUGGGAGUAUUUAAGAGAUGAAUUUGAGUUGACUCAGCGUUUCGCGAGUUUGGAUUUUAAGUUGAAGUUUGUUGAGCAUAACAUUCGGUUUCUUCAAGAGAUUUUGCAGAACAGGAAAUCGGAUUUUUUGGAGUGGCUGAUUAUAAUAUUGAUAGGUGCUGAAAUUCUUAUAUCUGUUUAUGACAUUGCUCAUAAAUCUGUCACAUCCCUAUAAAACAGUGUAUAUGUGGGUGGAAAUGGCUAAAUUAUUUAAGUGUGUGACUUGGAAUGUUAGCUUGAUUUUAGUUGAUGUUUGUUAUAUAUUUACAAAGAGAAUAAAGUUCAAGAAGAUAGUUUUUUGAUUC